CGAUAUUCUAUUUGUCUCGUUUUAAUUACUUAUUUUUAUUUUUAAUUACCAUGCAGCUAAAGUCCGUCCUCCUCCAAGCCCUACUCAUCGGCUCGGCUGUCUUUUCCGUUGCCGGGGAUGAAGUUCUCCCUCUUGAUUUGUAUGGCGAGUGCCUACAGGGUGUUAUUCCGCGUUAUUGGUUUUCGAUCCGCGCUACUUUUGCGACAAGAAUUGAUGAAAUCAGAGAUUAUAGUGGUGAAGAUGCCUACAACAAUGCGUUAGAACUACUUGGGGGCGGUGUAUACUUGCCCACCAUUUCCGAUAUUCCUCUUUUUAAUAAGCUUAUUAGGAUUACGGGUGAUGCUUUUAUGAAUAAUUUCUUCCAGGUUUUCAAUCUUUCCUUCCAGGCUAUUGGAUGCGACCCCUAUUUACACGAGACUGCUUUAUCGGAGUCUAUGGAGUCUACCCAGUCCACCGAGAUUGAGUCCACCGAGACUACUAGCACCGAGUCUGUGCACAAGUGUUCAGAAGUUACUAUCACUUACGUCAGACCGCGCGUUCACAUCUCCACUAUUUAAGUACAACACGGCUUAUUUAGGCA